GCCACUGGGCCGCGCCCGUUGGCGGAAGCCCGGCUCAGUCCGGCCGGAGACGCUCUGGUCAAGGGUCCGCGGCGGCGCCGGCGCGCCCGCUUUCGCUCCGUGCCCGCUAGCUGGCCUCCGGCCGCAGCACCCGCGCGCCGCGGUCCCCGGGCCAUGCAGCGCUUAGCCAUGGACCUGCGGAUGCUCUCCCGGGAGCUCUCGCUCUACCUGGAGCAUCAAGUCCGGAUCGGUUUCUUCGGUUCGGGAGUGGGCUUAUCCCUGAUCCUGGGCUUCAGCUUCGCUUACGCCUGCUACUACAUGAGCAGCAUUGCCAAGAAGCCCCAGUUAGUGACAGGGGGUGAAAGUUUCAGCCGCUUCCUUCAGGACCACUGUCCUGUGGUGACAGAAACGUACUACCCGACGGUCUGGUGCUGGGAGAGUCGAGGACAGACACUGCUGAGACCUUUCAUCACUUCCAAGCCUCCGGUGAAGUAUAGGAAUGAACUUAUUAAAACUGCAGAUGGAGGACAGAUUUCACUGGACUGGUUUGAUGAUGAUAACAGUAAGUGUUAUAUAGAUGCCAGCACCAGACCUACUAUCUUAUUGCUGCCUGGCCUCACUGGAACAAGCAAGGAAUCGUAUAUCCUUCAUAUGAUUCACCUUAGUGAAGAAUUGGGAUACAGAUGUGUGGUUUUUAACAACAGAGGAGUGGCAGGGGAGAAUCUCUUGACGCCAAGGACUUACUGUUGUGCGAACACUGAAGACUUGGAGACGGUCAUUCAGCAUGUUCACAGUCUGUACCCUUCUGCUCCAUUCCUGGCAGCAGGAGUUUCAAUGGGAGGAAUGCUGCUUUUAAAUUACCUUGGCAAAAUGGGGCCAAAAACUCCUUUGAAGGCAGCUGCAACUUUUUCAGUUGGUUGGAAUACUUUUGCUUGCUCGGAGUCAUUGGAGAAACCACUGAACUGGCUGCUUUUUAAUUACUACUUGACAACUUGCCUCCAGUCUUCCAUUAAUAAGCACCGGCAUAUGUUUGUAAAACAAAUUGACAUGGAUCAUGUCAUGAAGGCUAAAUCCAUAAGAGAAUUUGAUAAGCGAUUCACUUCAGUCAUGUUUGGCUACCGAACAAUUGACGAUUAUUAUACUGAUGCCAGUCCAAAUCGUAGACUGAAAUCAGUAGGGAUUCCAGUGUUGUGUCUGAAUUCUGUGGAUGAUGUUUUUUCACCCAGUCAUGCUAUUCCAAUAGAAACUGCUAAGCAAAACCCUAAUGUUGCUUUGGUCCUUACUUCUUAUGGAGGCCAUAUUGGUUUUCUGGAGGGAAUCUGGCCAAGACAGUCCACUUACAUGGAUCGAGUCUUCAAGCAGUUUGUGCAGGCCAUGGUUGAACACGGACAUGAACUCUCUGGCAUGUAGUUCUUCAGGUGCAUUUUGCCUAAACCACCGUAUAAAGGCAGCUCAGCUUACUGCACAAAUCUUAAUUACUGUAUAUAAAGCAAAUUAGCCAGCAGGUGGUGAAGAGGUCCAGAAUGACAUGCAAAAACUACUUUUUGGAGUAACAAAACAACUUUGUAGCAAGAAAUAAAAUAUAGAUUUAGACUGUAACUUAUGUAGAUUUUAUUUUUACUAUGCCUUACCAAGUAUGACCUUAAAUAAAGUAGUACAAACAUGGAACUGCACUUAACCAAAACUAUUGUGUAAAAAGAUUUUAAUUCCUCAGGGUUUUAAUUUGGGCUAGUAUUAUUUUAGAUAAUUUAUUUUAGGUGAUUUAUGGUACUUUAAUAAUUGUAAUAGGACUUGACUUUAUUUAUUUGAAUGUAAGUUAUAAGUUGGCACAUUCAUAAGGGUAUUUAUACCUAAUGAUGGUAACAUGAAAACUGAAAUAAGAUAAAAUACAAUGUGCUAAAUCUUUUACGUAUUUUAACCUUAAAAGGCAAAUGCAACAAAUGUUAGACUUCUAUACAUGUUCUUUUACUCUAAUAAUAUUAAAUUAAGGCUGACUUAUGUUUUAUAAUGAUUAUAGUUCACAUGCUUAUUUUUUAAAUAGUGUAUGUGCAUACUUAUAUAUCAUUAUAUUAAAUUCUACCAUUUUAAAUUGUUUCUUUGUGAGAUUUUAUCCACAAAAAAGUAAUCCCUAGAGUAAUUUGUGAUUUCAUAAAUGCAUUAGUAAGAAAUAUUAAAACUGUAUUGUUUCAGUUUCCAGAAUAUUGGGCUCCCACCGUUGGUACCAAUUAAAAAUACUUUCAGCUACAGGAAACCCAUCUAACAGUGAUUUAGGAAUAACAAUAUUUAAUUAUCUUGCAUCACAAGAAGUCUCCAUGUAAGCAGUCUCCAGAUGUAGGUGUUUGUCAUUUAUCAGUGUCAUCAAAGAUGCAGGCUCUUUCUGUUGCCACAUCCCUAGCAGGCAGGGUAGCCAGUUAUCUCCUAGACACAGGAUGGCUGCUGCAGCUCAGACAUCACAUUUGUAUUCAGAGAAGAAAAAGGCAGAAGGAGUGGGGCCAGACACAUCUGCCUUUUUGGGAAAGUGAAAGCUUUCUCAGAAGACUUGCACUUAUAUCUAUUGGCCAGACCUGUGUCACAUGGUCACCCUAGUUGACUGGGAGGCUGGCAAAUCAAGUAUGUAGACUUU